GGGAAGCUUCAUCGCUGCGAGAUUAUGCGGCCACCACCAUGAACGAGUUCCUGGGCAUGUUCGGCUAUGAUGAUCAGAACAUGCGGGAUGAGCUGGCCCGCAAGAUCAGCUUUGACAAGCUGAACGCUGCUACCUCAGAGGCCACUGCGACUGCCGCCUCUCUCCCUGGUGAGGAUGCCAUGAGCAAACGAGCCCGCUUCUCCAAGUAUGAGGAAUACAUCCGCAAACUGAAAGCUGGAGAGCAGCUCUCUUGGCCCAUGCACUUGGCCAAGUCUGAGGAGCUGGGCUCCAAGCUGGGCAAAGAAACUUCCUCAGUGCUGGCACAGCCCAUUCGGGUGCCAGGUCCAGAUGCCUCCAUGACGGAGACCAAAGCCACCAUCCUGCCGCUGCCCUCUCCCAGCAGUUCCCAGAUGCACGGCCUGAUGUCACGGGCCUCCAAAUAUGACUUCUUCAUUCAGAAGCUGAAGACGGGUGAGAGCAUCAGGCCACAAAAUGGCAACACUUACAAGAAGGCCUCCAAGUAUGACCUAGAAAAUGUCAAGUACUUGCACCUUUUCAAGCCUGGAGAAGGAAGCCCAGACAUGGGAGGAGCCAUUGCCUUCAAGACAGGCAAAGUAGGCCGGCCUUCCAAGUACGAUGUGAGGAACAUCCAGAAGCUCACUCCAGUAAAAGCUCCAACACCCAGCCUGGCCCCUGCUCCCCUCGCCAGCACCCCCAGUAGCACUCCUGUGGCUGGGCCAGAGCAGUCCGUCUCAUUGCCAUUCAACACUCCUGAAUACCUGAAAUCAACUUUCUCCAAGACAGACUCCAUCACAACUGGAACAGUCUCUACAGUAAAGAAUGGAUUACCCACUGACAAACCAGCUGUCAGCGAAGACGUAAAUAUUUACCAGAAGUAUAUUGCCAGGUUCUCUGGCAGUCAGCACUGUGGACAUAUACACUGUGCAUACCAGUAUCGAGAACAUUACCACUGCCUUGACCCAGAGUGCAACUACCAGAGAUUCACUAGUAAACAGGAUGUGAUUCGGCAUUACAACAUGCACAAGAAACGUGAUAAUUCCCUCCAGCACGGCUUCAUGCGCUUCAGCCCCUUGGAUGACUGUAGCGUGUACUAUCAUGGCUGCCACCUGAAUGGGAAAAGCACACACUACCACUGCAUGCAGGUGGGUUGUAACAAGGUCUAUACAAGCACCUCUGACGUGAUGACCCAUGAGAACUUCCACAAGAAGAACACACAGCUCAUCAACGACGGGUUUCAGCGGUUCCGUGCCACAGAGGACUGCGGCACUGUGGAAUGCCAGUUCUACGGGCAGAAAACCACUCACUUUCACUGCAGGCGACCUGGGUGCACAUUCACCUUCAAGAACAAGUGUGACAUUGAGAAGCACAAGAGCUACCACAUCAAAGAUGAUGCCUAUGCCAAGGAUGGCUUCAAGAAGUUCUACAAGUAUGAGGAAUGCAAGUAUGAAGGCUGUGUCUACAGCAAGGCCACCAACCACUUCCACUGCAUAAGGGCAGGCUGCGGCUUCACCUUCACCUCCACCAGCCAGAUGACCUCCCAUAAACGCAAACAUGAGCGCCGGCACAUCCGGAGCUCGGGAGUGCUGGGCCUACCUGCCUCUCUGCUGGGGUCCAAGGAUAAUGAGCAAGAGGAGUCCAGUAAUGAUGACCUCAUUGACUUCUCCGCUAUGAGCUCGAAGAACUCCAGCCUGAGUGCCUCCCCCACCAGUCAACAGUCUUCCGUUUCUCUCAUAGUCCCAGCUGCACCCUCCUCUGCUGCUGAGCUUGCUUCCUCACAGGCCAGCAAGUCUGCCAACAGCAUGACACCAGCCACCAAGAUCUCUGGCCUGCUCUCCCAGGCUCUUCCCAGCAAUAUACCCUUGGCCCUGGCACUCUCCAACUCAGCACUUCCUGGAACAGCUGGAUCCUUCUUCCCCAUCAUCCCCAGUCGGGUCUCUACACCACUUCCUGCCACCUCAGCUAAUCUGAUGGCUGCUGGUUCUUCUGGCACCAAUCCAACAUCAUCUGCUCCUGCAGAUUCCUCAUCCCAGGCCAUUUCAGGAUCUGGUGAGCCAGUGGCUACUUCUUCUCCAGCUCCAGCAGCAUCUAUAAUGGAAAGGAUCUCUGCUAGCAAGGGAUUAAUCUCUCCUAUGAUGGCCAGGCUGGCAGCAGCUGCACUCAAGCCCUCUGUGGCACUUGAAGCAGGAAAUGGACAACCAGCAGUUCCCGGACGGUUCAAUCCAGUUCAGGUGAAGCAGGAACCUGUGGAGGCCAUGGGAUCGUCAUCUGCCACCAGUCAGGAGUCCUUGCAGGAGCACAGCUUGGACCUGAGCGUCAAGGAUCAUGGUAAUGAAUCAAAUGGCCACACAGUCUCGGCAAAUUCAUCUCUUUUAUCCUCGCUUAUGAAUAAGAUGUCCAAGAGCAGUGGCAGCCUCGGCAACCUGCUGAACAUUAAGACAGAAGGGGAGGGCAGCCAGGCUGGGGCUGGAGAGCCAACACAGUACUUGGGCAAGGCAGUGAAGGCACUUGUCCAGGAGAAGCUCUCUGAGCCAUGGAAGAUGUACCUGCGCCGGUUUGGUACCAAGGAUUUCUGCGAUGCGCAGUGUGACUUUCUCCAUAAGGUGCAUUUCCACUGUGUCGUGGAGGAAUGCGGUGCCCUCUUCAGCACCCUGGAUGGAGCCAUCAAGCACGCCAAUUUUCACUUCCGAACUGAGGGUGGAACUGUGAAAAGUAACUCUGAGUCUCCCUUCUCAACUACUACUGAGAAUAAGGCUUCACUGGCCCCUUCGUCACCAUCUGCUGCUUCUGUCACCAUGGCAAGUGCUCCUGCCCUCGAUGUGCCCACUCCAAGUCCAGCCACUGUUCCCUCUGCCCCCACACUGCUAGCUUGGAAGCAGCUGGCUUCAACCAUACCCCAGAUGCCUCAGAUCCCAGCAUCAGUGCCUAACCUGGCAACUUCACCCUUGGCAACGACUUCCCUGGAGAAUGCCAAGCCUCAGGUCAAACCCGGAUUUCUCCAGUUCCAGGAGAAUGAUCCCUGCCUGGCAACGGACUGCAAGUACGCCAACAAAUUCCACUUCCACUGUCUCUUUGGGAACUGCAAGUAUGUGUGCAAAACCUCUGGCAAAGCAGAAUCCCACUGCCUGGACCACAUCAACCCCAACAAUAAUCUGGUGAAUGUGCGAGACCAGUUUGCUUAUUAUUCGCUGCAGUGUCUCUGUCCGAACCAGCACUGUGAAUUCAGGAUGCGAGGGCAUUACCACUGUCUUCGUCCUGGCUGCUACUUUGUGACUAACAUCACCACCAAGCUGCCCUGGCACGUGAAAAAACAUGAGAAGGCAGAGAGGAGGGCAGCCAAUGGCUUCAAGUAUUUUACCAAGCGAGAAGAGUGUGGCAGACUAGGUUGCAAAUACAACCAGGUGAACAGCCACUUCCACUGCAUUCGAGAGGGCUGCCAGUUCUCCUUCCUGCUCAAGCACCAAAUGACAUCCCAUGCUAGAAAGCACAUGAGAAGGAUGCUGGGGAAGAACUUUGAUCGUGUUCCUACUCAGGUUAUUGGCCACACUCCAAGAAAUGAAAAUCUCCCCCAGGUUGGCAGCAUGGCACCCAGCCCAGCCUCAUCAGGAACCCCAGCUUCCUUUCAGGGACCCCCGAGCAUGAUGGACACGGAAACAGAUGAGUAUAUGGACUACACUGGCUGUAGCCCUGGGGGCAUCUCCUCUGAAUCUUCCAAUAUGGACCGCAGCUGCUCCAGCACUCCAGUGGGCAAUGAAAGUACAUCAGCAGGCUGCCUGGUACCUUCUACUGCUACUGCUGCUGCUGAUGAUGCCCACAAUGCACCACAACCUCAACCACCAUCUCUGCCUCCAUCUUUCUCACAAGCCCUGCUUAGGUCUCCCCUUCCCACCCUCCCCUAUCUUUUCUCUCCAUCUUGUCUCUCAUACUCUCUGCUCAGUGCCACUCUUGGAUCCAGCAGAGGCAUUGUCAUGCCUGCCGCCAGCACCGCUGGGUUUUCGCCCAUCAUUGCCACUCCAACUCCAGUAAAAAGUGACGUUCCCUUAGUUCAGGAUGCAGCAGGGAAUACCAUCACUAUGCCAACUGCCUCGGGGGCCAAAAAGCGUUUCUGGAUUAUUGAGGACAUGUCCCCGUUUGGCAAGCGCCGCAAGACCGCAUCCUCACGCAAGAUGCUGGAUGAAGGGAUGAUGCUGGAGGGAUUUCGGCGCUAUGACCUCUACGAGGACUGCAAGGACUCCAGCUGCCAGUUCUCUCUCAAGGUUACCCACUACCAUUGCACGCGGGAGAACUGUGGCUACAAGUUCUGCGGCCGCACCCACAUGUAUAAGCACGCCCAGCACCACGAUCGCGUUGACAACCUGGUAUUGGAUGAUUUCAAACGCUUCAAGUCUUCACUGAGUUGCAACUUCCCAGACUGUCAGUUCUCUGGCAAUAGCACACACUUCCACUGUCUGCGCUGUGGCUUCCGCUGCACUGACAGCACCAAGGUGACAGCCCACCGUAAGCACCACGGCAAGCAGGACGUCAUCAGCGCUGCUGGCUUCUGCCAGUUCAGCUCAAGCGUGGACUGCGAGGUGCCAGACUGCAAGUACAAACUCAAGUGCUCCCACUUCCAUUGCACCUACCCUGGCUGCAAACACACAGUGGUGGGCAUGUCACAGAUGGACUCACACAAGCGCAAACACGAGAAGCAGGAGCGAGGGGAGCUUCCUGCCAUCUCUCCUGGCCCCGAGGGCCUUGCCCACUCCACUCUCGAGUAUGACAUCCAGAACUCUUCCAUCAACCUGGACAGUUCCCUCAACCUCAGCACUGACAACAACAGCUCCCUCUUCUUCCUGCAGAAUGCGGCUGGUGUGGGCCUCAAUGAUUCCCUGGACCUCAGCAAGAAGCAGUCAGAAGUCACUGAAGGUCCAUCACCGAGCAGAGCUGGGACCGCGCCUCAGGAGAGGGGUGCGGUGGCAUCUGGCUCUGGUGAUGUGGAGGACGAGGAUGACUCUUCCCAAGAGGAUGAAGAGGAUGAUGAGGAGGAGAUGAAUGAAGAAGAGGAGGAUGAUGAAGAGGAGGAUGAUGAUGACGACGAUGAGGAGGAUGAUGAAGAGGAAGACCUGAACACGGAUUCUGAAGAAUCGCUGCCUGACCCUGAGGGCUUGGCCACUAAAGAAGAUGGAGAACCAGAGGAGGUUGCUUCUUCCACAGACCAUGGCGAUGCUUCCAGGCCACAGGGUGAGCCAGCCCUUACUCCAGCCCCAGCUCCUGCUCCAGCCCCAGCCGCUGCCCCAGCCUCUGCCAUUGCUCCAGAAGCUUCUCCUUAA